AUGGAGGUGGCACCGCUGCUUGAUAGGAAGGCCGACGAGUUGCAGCUCAUCGGAGACGACGGGGAUUACCUCCCAAUAAGAGGGCUUAAACCGUGUUGGAAAGUGUUCUGCAUAGAGUCUGCGAAACUAUGGAGAAUAGGCGGACCAAUAGCCUUUCAAAUUCUGUGUCAGUAUGGAACUAACUCCGUGGCCACCAUGUUUGUUGGGCAUCUCGGAGAUAUUGAACUCUCCGCCUUUUCUAUUGCUUUGUCCGUUGUCUGCACCUUCUCUUUGGGUCUCCUGCUUGGUAUGGGGAGUGCCCUUGAGACGCUAGCUGGUCAGGCAUUUGGCGCUGGACAAGUUCACAUGCUUGGCAUUUAUAUGCAACGCUCAAUUAUAAUCUUAUUCGCCACUUGUGUCGUCCUGGUGCCACUCUAUGUGUUUGCAACCCCAAUUCUGAAGCUCCUUGGACAGAAAGAUGAGAUAGCAAAUCAAGCAGGAGUAUUUACACUUCAAGUUCUCCCUCAAUUGUUUUCCCUUGCUGUCAGUUUUCCGACUCAGAAGUUUCUUCAAGCCCAGAGUAAAGUUUCUGUGCUUGCAUGGAUCGCGGUCCUUGCAUUGGUUUCACAAGUUUUCCUAUGUUGGCUUUUCAUUUAUGUAUUUGGCUGGGGAACAUAUGGUGCUGCCAUAGCAUUUGACCUUACGGGUUGGAUCACAGCCUUUGCACAAUUUGGUUAUGUGGUUGGUUGGUGCAAGGAUGGUUGGAAGGGAUUUUCUUGGUCCGCAUUUUAUGAUAUAUGGGCCUUUGUGAGGCUUUCCCUUGCAUCUGCCGUCAUGCUUUGCCUCGAGAUUUGGUAUAUGAUGAGCAUCAUUGUCCUUGCCGGAGACCUUGACAAUGCUGUGACUGCAGUUGGUUCCCUUUCUAUUUGCAUGAACAUUGAUGGGUGGCAGACCAUGUUGUUCAUUGGAGUCAACGCUGCUAUAAGUGUUCGCGUCUCAAAUGAGCUUGGCUUUGGACGUCCAAGAGCAACCAAAUAUUCUGUCUACGUCACAGUCUUUCAAUCAUUCCUGAUUGGCAUACUUUGCAUGAUUGUCGUCCUAGCUACAAGAAAUCAUUUAGGUAUUAUUUUUACGAGUAGCGAUACUAUGCUACAUGCAGUGUCUCGCCUUUCAAUCCUUCUUGGAAUUACAAUGCUUCUCAAUAGUGUCCAACCGGUGAUAUCAGGUGUUGCCAUUGGAGGUGGGUGGCAAGCUCUAGUAGCUUACAUCAACUUGGGUUGUUAUUACAUUUUUGGUAUUCCUCUCGGAUAUGUUCUUGGCUAUGUGGCUAAAUUUGGAGUGAUGGGACUCUGGGGUGGCAUGAUAGCCGGAGUUGCCCUACAGACGUUGCUGCUCUUGCUGGUACUAUACAAAACCAACUGGAACAAGGAGGUUGAACAAACAACGGAGCGCAUGCGAAAGUGGGGAGGACAUGACGUAAUUGAGAAAUCACAUAGUGACAAGCUUCCAUUGAAAAAUGAAAGGUAG